AAUUGGUCCAUCUUAUAUAAUGGUAAAUGUGUAGAACCACAUUUGUCGUUCUCGGAUUUUGGUAAAGUGCUGCUUAAAGUAUAGAACCAUGUCUUUCAGCAGAGUAAUUGCAAGAUCGUUCAGUAGCAAUUCCAUUGCUCAACAAAUGGUUAAGCCUCCAAUUCAAGUAUUUGGAGUUCAAGGAAGAUACGCUACAGCACUUUAUUCAGCUGCUUCAAAACAAAAGACAUUAAAUAAUGUUGAAAAGGAUUUAAUAAAAUUCCAAGAACUUGUAAAAACUGAUCAGAAGCUGAAUGAAUUUGUGAAAGAUCCAUCAAUAAAACGAAGAAACAAAGCUGAAGCACUUAAAUCAGUUGCUGGUAAACUCAGCCUGGCUAAGGAAACUACAAAUCUAUUGACUUUACUUGCAGAAAAUGGAAGACUUGGACAAGUAAAUGGUAUAAUUAAUACAUUUAAGAUGUUAAUGGCUGCUACCAGAGGUGAGGUUGUAUGCGAAGUAAUUACUGCCAAACCACUUGAUGCUGAUAUGAGAUCUAAGCUUGAGAAAGCUCUAAAAGGAUUCUUAAGCAAAGGUCAAAAUAUCUUAUUAACUGCAAAGGUUGAUCCUUCCAUUAUUGGAGGUAUGAUUGUAUCAGUGGGAGAUAAAUAUGUAGAUAUGAGUGUUGCUACUAAAGUUAAAAGGUAUAGUGAAAUUAUUGCUACCUCAGCAUGAACAGUUUUUAUAAUAUUCAGUGAAAAAGGAAAGAAUAAUCUAUGUAUAGAUGUUGAUAUAGAUGUUCAUUAAAUAACAUGUACAUCAUUAAACAAUAAAUUAUUCCAAAUCUA